AUGAUUGACUUGAGUAGGAAGGAUUGCUGUUAUACUCCUGGUGAUACACUUCGUGGUCGACUUCUGUUGAAACUCUCGGAAGGUUCCAUCGAUAUUACAUCGCUUAAAAUCACUCUUAUGGGAUUGGGACGAGUUAACAUAAAGGGGAAGGUGGGUUGUAGUUUUGUGAUUCUUUUCUAUAAUGCUGUUGACAGAAAUGUUAUGGAAGGCUCCCUACUUUACGUAACUAUAUCAUGCACUGAUAUCUCAAGCCAACUGGUUUCAAGGAAAAAGUUGUUUGCUAAAAUAGCUUUCUUACUUUUACAACUGCGAAAAUGUCACUUUGAAUUAGCAUCUAGCUCCGAUCGAAGUCCUGAAGGAGAAAAAGAAGAGUCGCUACAGAAGAGUUUGAUAUACAUGAAAAAAGAAUGGACAAUUGUCAGUUCUCCAACAACUCUUUACGAUCAGGAGCGCCAUUACGAGUUUGAGGAUGUGCUCCCCGAUUGUAUUCCCAGUUCUUUCUACUCAGCAAAAGGACAUGUACAGUAUUCAAUCAUUGCUGUGCUUGAGUACAAAAACAACGAUGGCGAACCUUCAAUGGUAAAAGCGGUUCGAGGAAUAACAAUUAUAGAAGAGCUUGAUCUUAACAAACUUUCCAAAUCCUACUUCGAACCAAUAUCCGAAUUCGAACAACGUAAAUUCGGAUGGUUCUCUUGUUUUGGUGGACAAAUCCGCCUUACAUUGAAUAUCGAUCGUACAGCAUUCGUUUGCGGUGAAGGAAUGACUACUUCACUCAUCGACAUGCAGGAGAUGCAGGAGGAUAUUCUUGCGAUGUCCGUUGAACAAGGUGCCAAUAUCAAAAUUGACAAGAAAAUCCAUAUCCCUCCUGUGGUUCCAAGUACCCCAACGGCAAUCUCGCAACGCCAAGAUUACCAUCGUGACGAGCACGGAGGUCGCUUCAAUCUUAGAAGAAAAUCCCAUAUCCUUAGCGGUCGCCUUUCCAUAAGUAGCCAACGAUCACGUACCUCUCUCACAUCACUUCCACUAAUCCAGAGAUUAAUGCUCAUCACCUAUAAGUAUACCAUAAGAGUCAAAAGUGGAGGUGUGGAUAUAAUCACAAUGAAUGUGCCAGUGAUUAUUGGCUCGAGGCCAUUAGCUCAUACAGUAAGUAAGGAUCUUACAGUCAGCUGUACUGUCGAAAUUGUCAAUAGCAGGGACACGAAUUGCACUGCCGUGUACAAACUGUGCAAACAUGAUCGAGCGAUUCCAUUACUGGAUAGUAAGGAGCGAACACUGUGCAACAAAGCUCAGCUUCAACAUCUCAACAAGUAUCCGUUCUUUUCCGACCUGAGCACAUCAUCCAAACAAAGUAAGAAGCUGGGCGUCAUAGCAAAUACGAUUCGAGCUGAGAAUAAGGUGAUGAACAAAAUCAUGCAAUCGGUGAUGGAUGAACGACAGAACGAGUCCGCAGCAAGCUGCAGCGCCGCUGUAACCGACUGCGAUUCGCCCGAUUUUAUUGACUCUGGCAGAGAACCGACGUCAGCGAAGCGUACUGAAGAAGUGACCUUCACAAAAUUGGACCCUCUUUUCCAACAAGCUUUUCGGGGCACUCCUCACAACUCCAUAGAUUCACCUCAUCCGAAGGUUUUGAGUGCGGAAGACCUCCUCUAG